AAAGAGAGAUACAGGGAAAAAAAGAAAGAAAAAGAAGGAAGACAGUGUUUGUUUGGUCCAUAGACGGGUGUCAGGAGUCGAGGGCAUCCUGCCUGCCCAAGGGUGCAGCGAGGGGCAAGGGGUGAGAGGGAGGCUGGACACCCUCUGCUCUCUCUGCUCUAUUGCCCUGCGCUCCUGCUGCCCCCUGCGGCUCCUGCGCCGCCCCUCACCACCCCCCCAGCCCCUAAUCGGCCCUUCAUCACCUGGCUCUGGACCGGGCUCCCCACCUUGUGCCUGCGGGAUGGAGAAAGAGAGGGACGUGGAUGAGCCGGAGCGGAGGGAGCGCGCCGAGCCACUCAGCGACUUGGAGUGCAACAUUGUGCAGAACACCUGGGCAAGAGUCUACGAGAGCUGUGAGGAUGUGGGCGUGGCCAUCCUCAUCAGGUUCUUCGUGAACUUUCCCUCGGCAAAGCAGUACUUCAGUCAGUUCCAGGACAUGGAGGAUCCUGAAGAGAUGGAGAGGAGCUCCCAGCUGAGGAAGCACGCCUGCAGAGUCAUGAACGCCAUCAACUCAGUGGUGGAGAACCUCCAUGACCCAGAGAAGGUGACGUCUGUACUGGCGCUGGUUGGGAAGGCUCAUGCACUCAAACACAAAGUGGAGCCCAUGUACUUCAAGAUCUUAAGUGGGGUUAUUUUGGAGAUCUUGGCAGAGGAUUUCGGCGAGUGCUUCACCCCCGAGGUGCAGACGGCCUGGACCAAACUGAUGGCGGUGCUCUACUGGCACAUCACUGGAGCCUACCAAGAAGUGGGCUGGGUCAAGCUCUCCAGUUCAGCUGUCUGAGACCAGCCUCAACCAUGCACACAUAAAUACACACAUACAUAUCGAAACACACAAAAACACAAAAAACAUAAACAGACUGGUUUUAACACCCAUUUGGACUGAACAAAAUGCAGAAGGGCGGGAAGAAAAUGCAUUGGAUAAAAAGGAUGGAGGAAUCUUCUGGAAACUAAUCACAUACUAUUUUGUUUGUAUUUUUACUGUUUAUAACCUGAUAAGAACCACACUGACCACAUAUGAUAGUCUUAUUUGUGUUUGUGUGUAAGCAUUUCAUAUCUUAAAUGAAUAUCAAUGACAUAAACAGUGUCCUUAGGUUUUUGUCCUGAACCGCACUCUGAAACCUGAGACUUGAUCCACACCCAGAGAUUCAAUACAUAAGUUGGAUUUGAACCCAGAGACCAAAACUCCAUUGGCACCCACAGAUUUGAGACUCAACUCACACUCAGUUACUUGUAACUCGACUGGCACCCAGAGAUUGAGACUCAACUCAUACCUAAGGACUCAAUACUCAAUUUAGACGUUCAGUUGAAGACUGCAGACAUUUAAACAGACUUAAAACUGAACUAAAACCUGGACUGAAUAUCCCACUCAGAGGCUCAGAACUCAACCUCGAGAACUCCCCUGCAUCUUAGAGGCUCCAGACUCUUAGACUUCAGAGACUUAUACCUAACUCAGUCUCAAAACUCAAUUACACAAGAGUGGACCUGGCCUCAAACCCCAGACACGUGAGAUUUAACACGAGUGGCGAGAAAUUGAUUGGUCAUGACUUAAAUUAAUCGAACAGACUCAAAUUCUCAACAACUAGACCCUGAAUUCUGGGUAUCACACAAAACCAGAGAUUCAAGAACUCCCUUGGAAACUCAAACCGAAGAGACUUGAGACCCAAUUCUGAUUCAAACCUAAGUGAUUUGAGACUCAACUCAGACUCAAACCCAAGUGACUCCAGAUUCUGAUUUAAGGCCAAAUGAUUUGAGACUCAACUCAGGCUCAAGUCUCAACAUUCUGAUUCAAACCCAAGAGACUUGAAACUCAACUCAGAAGACUUAAAACUCUAUUCAAAUUUAUACCCAGAGACUCUGGACUUUACUUGGACAUUCACCCACAAACUCCAGCCUUAGCUGACAUCCAGAGACUCCAGCCUUGACUGUCUAUUACAUCCCCACCAGUUGCCAAUUACAGUAAGAAACCAACUGGGCCAUAAUAAAACCCAAACUACCCUACAGCAAACAAACUCCUCCCGAGACAUAUACACUCACACUGACACAAACAGUACAUGCUCUCCAAACACAAACACACAAUUUAGUGUAUAUAUCUGGUGGUUGGACCUCAGAGACCUCACUUGAUUGGUUGAUUGGAUUGGAUGCCUAUGUUCAUUUGUGUUCAUGAAUUUCAUCCUGAAAUCAUCUUAUUUUUCCCUUCCUCCCCCUCCUCCACUGUCCACUCCAGAUGCCCUGUGCUCAGGGGGCAGGUAAUUGAAGUAGAGGAAGAUUUCAGAUACACAUCGGCGCCAUGAUACAUCUCAGUGGCUCCUGUCCUCAACAUCAACACCACAGAAACCACUAACACACACACAGCUCACCACAUCAAAGUGAACCUAGCAUUAACAGUGCAAGCAAAUGGAAGCAAAGCAGGCACGCAUACACACACUCUCAAAUACACAUAUAGUCAGUUUCACAAGCCUAGCAAUAAACACACACACACAUACACACACACACACAGGAGAUGAACUAAUCCACUGGAGUGUGUGUAUGGUGGUCCAUUUGGUUUACAUCAUUAAUGUGUAAGGUUUUUUUUAAGUUUCUGCCUGUGUUGCUCUUUCUUUCCUUCAGUGUGUGUGUGUGUGUGUGUGUGUGUGUUUGCAUGAGUGUGUGUGUGUGUGUGUAUCGGGCUGAUGUUCGUCUCCAUAGUGAACUUCUUCUGACAGCUUGUUUAUUAAACACGUCUCUGUGAUCCAUCCAUAACUCGAAAAAUGGCAAUGUACUGUUCUUUCUCUCUCUCUCUCUCUCUCUCUCUCUCUCUCUCUCUCUCUCUCUCAAUCUCUCUCUCUCUCUCUCUCUCUCUCUCUCACACACACACACAGACAUGCACACACUCUCUCUGGCUAUAUCUUUUAUCUUCUUUUUCUGUCUUUUUUGUCUCUCUCUUUAUUUUCGCUUCUUCUUUCUGUCUUAAUCACUUCAUCUCUCAUUCCCUCACCUUCCCAUCCCUCCUGCUCCCUCUCUCUCUCUCUCUUUGUUUCAUCCUCUCAUCCCUCACUCCUUUACCUUCCCUAUCCUUCCUGCUUGCUCUUUCUCUCUGUCUUCAUCCCCUCUCUCCUCACUCCCUUACCUUCUCCAGUCUUUCUGCGCCCCCCCUUCUAUCUCCCUCUUUCUCUCUCUGUCUCUCUCUCUUUCUUUCCAAGACUCUGAGUUUCCUCCUAAAAGAUGUUUCCAUUAGCUUGCUAUGCCCACCUGCUGGGUAUCUGUGAAACAUCCUGCCAGGUUUAACUGUAAUAUCACACACACACGCACACACACACACACACACACACACACACACUGUUACAGGUGUUAAACAGUGAACAGGAGUAAUCUGAUCUUAGUUUCAGCUCCUUUGCGUACUCUAGAUGUCCCCUUGUGAUUUCUUGUCUUUUCAAAAGCUUGGACUUUAUAUUUUUCUAAACAUGUAAGCAAAGUGUUUAUUAAUGUCCAUGGAUAUUUAAAUAAUAUUAAUAGUAAUAACAAUAAUAAUAAUUAUUAUAAUAAUAAAAAUAAUAAUAAUGUUUAUUAUUCUCUUUGUACUCACCGCUGGUGUUCAAUAGGGUGGUUACUAGUGCUAAACUAACAUAGUGAAUGAGAUGAACAGAAACUGGCAGUAUUAAUAAAGUUGUAUCUGAAAUGUUG